AUGUCUUCUGCAGAUCAUGGGAUACGAAGAUUAGCUUAUGACACACUUGUUAUAUUUAAGAAUGUAUUAGAGAAAUGCCAAAAGAGGAAGGAUGUAAUGGGACUCCGGCCCCUAAUGAAUUCUGUUCAAAACAGUAUUGAAGAGUCAUGGCGAAGAAUCCCAUUGGUUAUUGCUUUGUUUGCUGCAGAGGCAUCUUGUGUAUUGUUAGAUUCCUCGCAUGAUCAUUAUGCAGCUAUAUGCACGUUCUUGACACAGUCUUCUACGAUGAAUAUGAAGGUUAUACCUCUGUUUGAUAACUUUAUGUGGAGAUUUACAGAAACAUAUAAGCUAGAAUCCCUGCAUUCUUUACUGGUGCAUGUAGAAAAUACCUCAGGACAAAGACAUGAUAUUAAUAUUGGCUGUGAGGAGUUGCUUGCUUCAACAAUUUUCUAUCUCCAACUGCUUCCUGGUAUAAAUCAGGAACUUCUACCAUCAGUUGUAUCUGCUCUAUGUCUCCUAACUUUUGGUGCCUCUAAUUUACAAGUGGGAAGAACCAUUUUAUUGCAAGACUAUAAUACUAUCAUAUCAUCAAACUCUUUAAGGGUACAAUGCCCUCUUGAAGCUAAUCCAGAUUGGAGAUGGUCGUUUUACCAGCCAAGGAAGGAUCAAUCACUGGAGUUCACUGGCACUGGUACAGAAAACAUGGCAGAAUAUCAUGCUUGCCAAACUCUGUUGGUGGUUGUUGCAAAUGUGCUUGGUGGAAAGAAAUUAGAGUCAGCUUGUUUGUCCCCUCUAGAUGUUGAGAUAUCUUCCUUAAUCAAAUGGGAAAGAAGUUUAUUGAGAAACUGA